UAGUGAAUCUUCUAGAAGUGGAAGGGUACAGUGGUGAGGUCUCUCCUGUGUUCUAUUGCCGCCUCUCUUUCUCUCCCCCGUUACAUCCAUCCAUUCUCCCUACACUUUAUUCCUUCCGUGCUUUUAUUCUGUCUUUUCCCCCACCUCUCUUUUGCACUUGUAACGGAUGUGAGACGGCUAGCUUAGUUAGCGGUGCGCGCUAAAUAGCGUUUUUUUUGUGUAACGAUGCUUCGAGGGUGACUGUUGUUGAUGUGUGCAGAGGGUCCCUGGUUCGCGCCCUGGUAUGGGCGAGGGGACGGUCUAAAGUUAUACUGUUACACAGUCGCCCACCUCUUUUUCCUCUGUCAUGUUAUGGUCUCCUUUUCCUGUCAUGUUAUGGUCUCUUUUUCCUCUGUCAUGUUAUGGUCUCUUUUUCCUCUGUCAUGUUAUGGUCUCCUUUUCCUGUCAUGUUAUGGUCUCCUUUUCCUCUGUCAUGUUAUGGUCUCCUUUUCCUCUGUCAUGUUAUGGUCUCCUUUUCCUCUGUCAUGUUAUGGUCUCUUUUUCCUGUCAUGUUAUGGUCUCCUUUUCCUCUGUCAUGUUAUGGUCUCCUUUUCCUCUGUCAUGUUAUGGUCUCUUUUUCCUGUCAUGUUAUGGUCUCCUUUUCCUCUGUCAUGUUAUGGUCUCUUUUUCCUCUGUCAUGUUAUGGUCUCCUUUUCCUCUAUCAUGUUAUGGUCUCUUUUUCCUCUGUCAUGUUGUGGUCUCCUUUUUCCUCUGUCAUGUUAUGGUCUCUUUUUCCUGUCAUGUUAUGGUCUCCUUUUCCUCUGUCAUGUUAUGGUCUCCUUUUCCUCUGUCAUGUUAUGGUCUCCUUUUCCUCUGUCAUGUUAUGGUCUCCUUUUCCUCUCAUGUUAUGGUCUCUUUUUCCUCUGUCAUGUUAUGGUCUCCUUUUCCUCUGUCAUGUUAUGGUCUCUUUUUCCUCUGUCAUGUUGUGGUCUCCUUUUCCUCUGUCAUGUUAUGGUCUCUUUUUCCUCUGUCAUGUUAUGGUCUCCUUUUCCUCUGUCAUGUUAUGGUCUCUUUUUCCUCUGUCAUGUUGUGGUCUCCUUUUCCUCUGUCAUGUUAUGGUCUCCUUUUCCUCUGUCAUGUUAUGGUCUCCUUUUCCUGUCAUGUUGUGGUCUCCUUUUUCUGUCAUGUUAUGGUCUCCUUUUCCUCUGUCAUGUUGUGGUCUCCUUUUUCUGUCAUGUUAUGGUCUCCUUUUCUGUCAUGUUAUGGUCUCUUUUUCCUCUGUCAUGUUAUGGUCUCCUUUUCCUCUGUCAUGUUAUGGUCUCCUUUUCCUGUCAUGUUGUGGUCUCCUUUUUCUGUCAUGUUAUGGUCUCCUUUUUAGGUCAUGUUAUGGUCUCCUUUUCCUCU